UUGUUUUGGUCGUUGAGCGUGUGGUUUGUAGUUCAUUUUUAGUUUCAAAGAGACAUUUAACCUUGCAAAUAUUAUUCAUUGUUACAGUUAUGUACAUUGUAGCAUGCGCGAAUUUGUUGUUUUCAAUUGUACGUGAUAUAAAUGAGUUUUGGUAACUGGUAACGAAGUGAGGCACGUUUUGAUGACUGGUAGCGAAGUGAGGCACGUUUUGGUAUCUGGCUACGAAGUGAGGCACCCCUCUGACCUUGAGUCCCUAUUACACCCAAGGUCUAAAUGAGUAAGACCUUGUCACAAAACUACCCAAAUUCGCCUGUCUCGCGCAUGACGUCACUUGGGGGUAAAGCCUGGGGACUCAUUGUUAACCAUAGGGUCACUCUUGGAUGGAAUGUAGAACCAUAGAGGUCUACUUCUUUCCUGUUUGGGCUGGCUUGACUGACUGGAAACCCGCAAAGCCGCAAUGCCACGUAACUGUGCAGUGGUUGGAUGUAGAAGUGGGAACCUCUCUAGGGAUAUUCUAUACCACCGAUUUCCAAAGGAGGAGGGAGCAAGGAAAGAGUGGGCCAUUUUAAGUGGAAAGAAAAAGGUGAACUGUGAAACUGAAAGAAUUUGCAGUCUGCAUUUUGAAAAAACAGACUAUGAGAGAAGGCUGAAAUAUGAAAUGCUACAUUUGCCAGUUCCUCGAAACAUGAGAAUUCUGAAGAAGGGUGCUAUACCGUCGAAACUUAUUCCACAAGUUAAAGGUGAUGAUCAGCCCUCCGAGGAUGAGAACACAGAAGCUGCCAGAAGAAAAUUGCGUAUAUCACAGAAGGAAACAGAACUUCAGAAAGAGACCCCUACAACAUACAAAAAGAGGAAAGUGUUCAGGAUGUCUGAAGAGGAAAGUGUCUUCGUUGUCGAGGGGAUUGGCACCGACAUCCAAGACGGAACCUGCAAGAAAGAGGUCUCAUCUCGGGUAGAAGACGAUGGUAUGGACUCUCUCGGAGAAAAUCUGACGAUCAAGCAGGAAAUCAUGGACUCUGAAAGGGGAGAAGAUAGUCUCCCUGAAAACAAAGACUGGAAUUUAAGCGAAACAGUGGAGGUCAAGGAGGAAAUCACCAUAAAGGAAGAACAAGUAGAGGUUUUUGACUUCCCUGGAUGCGUUUGACGUUGGGUCUCAUGCUGUAGUGUAGGAACAUUUUGGGCUACACCGACACAGUUUCUACGCACUUCAUUGUACAAUCUGUUUUUGCCUGUUUCAGUGUCCUUAGACUUCAUCAUAAGAAAUGAAGUAUCAACCUAGGUGAUGGGACUAAGAAAGCAUGGAGAGAAUCAUAGGAGAUUUUCAUAGUUAUACCAAAUAACAGUAAAUUGCAGCUCAUGGACUGGUAUUCCAGUGUACCAAUUGCUUUGAGACCAUUUGUCAUAGCAUUCUUCAAAAAAAUUCAUGGCAAUGAAGACUCUGAAUGAAAUAUCUGUGGCUGCAGGUAAUCAGACAAGUUAUGAUGAAAUACAAGCUGAGGGACCUCGCUAGUCCAGAAACUCAACAAAAGUAUGGAUUCACCUUCAUCUCAGUAUACUGUAUUACAUAUAAUCAACAGAAAAGGACAAGUCAUGUGAUAAUUUUUUUAUGGAAAGAGAUUAUUUAUGAAGAAGGAUGUGAUCACAACAAAGAAAUCAAGAAAAGUAUUUGGACUUGUAUUAUGCUGAGACCAGCCAUAGCAGUGCUAUAGCAGUUGCAAUGGAAAUCGGCUGACUUGCCAUGAUCAAUUGUCCAAUUGUUCAAUGAACUACUGUACAACCAAACUUAUUCUCCAUUCAGCUGUUCAUGUAAGCAAAGGUUGCCAGUGUGUGGAGACUGAACAUCUGGAUCAACAUCUUGAAGAACUUUUUCAUAUAAUGCUGUCAGGAAUGUCCUUUUUUCUAGUUUACCAUUCAUUCCAGCCAUAUGAGUCAUAGGAGAGUAUUCCAUCAUAGGACACAGUUUUGAUCCUUCAUAAGCCCAGUAUUGAUAUGAUUGACAGGCAGAGUGGGUUGUAUAGUGACAUCAGAUAGAAAAUUGAUCACUAGGUUUAGAAACAAUUUUGUGAUAAGUCAGUAAAGACGCAUCCACAAGAUUCCUAAGAAAGUUGUAUGGAUAAGGCUCGUGAACAUUUCAUGUUAGUAUAAUAACUGGAAAUAUAGUGAUUUACUUGUUAUUGUUUCAACUUGUGAAGUUGAACAGAAAUAAUGGAUUUUGUUACAUUUGUCAAUAAAUUUAUUGAAAAA